CUGUUCGGAUUGGUGAAGCGGCUCAGCGACUGCGACGCGAACCGGGUGUUUCAAGAACCGGUAGAUACCACCCUGGUCACGGACUACCUCGACGUCGUCGCGCAGCCCAUGGACUUUGGGACGAUGCGGCGGAAGGUCGUCGCGGGCGCUUACGGGUCUUUGGCCGCCGUCGAGCGCGACCUCGCGCUCAUCUACGGCAAC